GGGGAGCCCGGCUUCCGGGACGCGGCGGCUCUCCAUCAGCUGACCCGCCGCCAUCUUGGCCGCCAUUUGCGAGCGGCCCUUUGCGGGCCUGUGUGGGGUUCGUGGGAGCGGGGUCGCUGGUCGCCGCUCUCUUCAGUCUCGUCCCCGGCCGCAGGCGUCGCUCUGGCCUCCACGUCGUCCCCUCCGAGCCGGCCGGAAGUGCAGCGCAUCGCGGGCCUGAGGCGCGGUCGCCGGGUCCUCGAGCCUCCCAGGGUCGCGGCGGCGUUUUCCUCAGAGGUCGCAGACCGCGGGCCGCCGCGAUGGCCCUCAAGAUGGUCAAGGGCAGCAUCGACCGCAUGUUCGACAAGAACCUGCAGGAUCUGGUCCGCGGCAUCCGCAACCACAAGGAGGACGAGGCAAAGUACAUCUCUCAGUGCAUUGAUGAGAUCAAGCAGGAGCUAAAACAAGACAACAUCGCUGUGAAGGCCAACGCUGUGUGUAAGCUGACCUAUUUACAAAUGCUGGGGUAUGACAUCAGCUGGGCUGCCUUCAACAUCAUUGAAGUCAUGAGUGCCUCCAAAUUCACAUUCAAGCGUGUCGGCUACCUCGCGGCCUCCCAGUGCUUCCAUGAGGGCACCGACGUCAUCAUGCUGACCACCAACCAGAUCCGAAAGGACCUGAGCAGCCCCAGCCAGUAUGACACUGGAGUGGCACUGACUGGUCUGUCCUGUUUUGUCACCCCAGAUCUCGCCAGAGACCUGGCAAAUGACAUCAUGACCCUGAUGUCACACACCAAGCCGUACAUCAGGAAGAAGGCGGUGCUCAUCAUGUACAAGGUGUUCCUCAAGUACCCUGAGUCGCUGCGCCCCGCCUUCCCUCGCCUCAAGGAGAAGCUGGAGGACCCUGACCCGGGGGUGCAGUCUGCGGCCGUUAAUGUCAUCUGCGAACUGGCACGCCGCAACCCCAAGAACUACCUGUCCCUGGCCCCACUGUUCUUCAAGCUCAUGACGUCAUCCACCAACAACUGGGUCCUCAUCAAGAUCAUCAAACUGUUCGGUGCCCUGACCCCCUUGGAGCCCAGGCUGGGCAAGAAGCUGAUCGAGCCUCUCACCAACCUUAUCCACAGCACCUCUGCCAUGUCUCUGCUGUAUGAGUGCGUGAACACUGUGAUAGCAGUGCUUAUCUCACUGUCGUCCGGUAUGCCCAACCAUAGCGCCAGCAUCCAGCUCUGCGUUCAGAAGCUUCGGAUACUGAUAGAGGACUCUGAUCAGAACUUGAAGUAUCUGGGACUGCUAGCCAUGUCUAAGAUCCUGAAGACACACCCCAAGUCAGUGCAGUCACACAAGGACCUGAUCCUGCAGUGCCUGGACGACAAAGACGAGUCUAUCCGCCUGCGCGCCCUUGAUCUGCUCUACGGCAUGGUGUCCAAGAAGAACCUGAUGGAGAUUGUGAAGAAGCUGAUGAUGCACGUGGACAAGGCUGAGGGCACUGCCUAUCGUGACGAGCUACUCACCAAAAUCAUUGACAUCUGCAGCCAGUCCAACUACCAGCACAUCACCAACUUUGAGUGGUACAUCAGUAUUCUCGUGGAACUCACACGCCUGGAAGGCACCCGUCAUGGCCACCUCAUCGCGGCGCAGAUGCUGGAUGUGGCUAUUCGAGUCAAGGCCAUCCGCAAGUUUGCAGUGUCUCAGAUGUCUGCAUUGCUUGACAGUGCCCACCUGGUGGCCAGCAGCACCCAGCGCAAUGGUAUCUGCGAGGUGCUCUAUGCUGCUGCCUGGAUCUGUGGGGAGUUCUCUGAGUACCUGCAGGAGCCCCAACAGACCCUGGAGGCCAUGCUUCGGCCCAAGGUGACAACGCUGCCCGGCCACAUCCAGGCUGUUUAUGUGCAGAACGUGGUGAAGCUGUAUGCUGCCAUUCUUCAGCACAAGGAACAGGCAGCUGAGCCUGAGGCUGCCCAGGAGGCCACGCAACUCAUGGUGGAUCGGCUGCCCCAGUUCGUGCAGAGUGCUGACCUGGAGGUGCAGGAGCGGGCAUCAUGCGUCCUGCAGCUGGUGAAACAUGUGCAGAAGCUACAGGCCAAAGGCGUGCCCGUGGCUGAGGAAGUCAGCGCUCUGUUUGCCGGCGAGCUGAACCCCGUUGCUCCCAAGGCCCAGAAGAAGGUCCCAGUCCCUGAAGGCCUAGACUUGGAUGCCUGGAUUAAUGAGCCACCUUCGGACAGCGAGUCUGAGGAUGAGAAACCCAAGGCCAUCUUCCACGAUGAGGAGCCAAGGCGCUCACGGCGCCAACAGCCUGAGGAGGAUGAGGAGGAGCUGGCCCGGCGACGAGAGGCCCGGAAGCAGGAACAAGCCAACAAUCCCUUCUACAUCAAGAGCUCUCCAUCCCCGCAGAAGCGGUACCAGGACACGCCUGGGGUGGAGCACAUUCCUGUGGUGCAGAUCGACCUCUCAGUGCCUCUCAAAGUUCCAGGGAUGCCCAUGUCGGACCAGUACGUGAAGCUGGAGGAGGAGCGCCGACACCGGCAGCGGCAGGAGAAGGACAAGAAGAGGAAGAAGGAGAAGAAGGGCCGCCACCGCCGCCAUAGCUCGCUGCCCACUGAGAGCGAUGAGGAUAUUGCGCCCGCCCAACGGGUGGACAUUGUCACUGAGGAGAUGCCCGAGAAUGCUCUGCCCAGUGACGAGGAUGACAAAGACCCCAAUGACCCUUACAGGGCGCUGGACAUUGACCUGGACAAAUUCCUUCCUCUCCCCAGGCCCUUGGCUGACAGUGAGAAGCUGCCGGUCCAGAAGCACAGGAAUGCUGAGACCUCAAAGUCUCUGGAGAAGAAGGACGCACCCACAGAGAAGAAGAGCAAGAAACUCAAAAAGAAAGAGAAGAAGCCGAAGGAGAGGGAGGGAGGAAGAGAGAAGAAGAUAGAGAGAGAGAAGAAGAGGGGUGAGGACUUAGACUUCUGGCUGUCUACCACCCCACCACCUGCUGCUGCCCCUACUCCUACCCCAUCUACAGAAGAGCUCAGUGGGAAUGUUGUCACCUCCCUUAAGGAUGAGCAUGAGGGACCCAAGAGAGAGGAGCCAGAGGAUGAGGAGGACAAUGUGGGUCACAACCAGGAGAAGAAGCCCCGGCACAAGAAGAAGCACAAGAAGGAGGAACACACCCGGGAGAAGAAGGCCAAGAGGAAGCAGGAGCACCAGGUCCAGCCAGUGCAGAAUGGUGCUGCCGAGGAGGAGGAGGAGCCCAUCCCACCCAUGUCUAGCUACUGCCUUCUGGCCGAGAACUCCUAUGUGAAGAUGAUGUACGACAUCCAGGCUAGCUUGCAGAAGGACAGUCAGGUGACUGUGUCCAUCAUCCUGGAGAACCAGAGUGGCAGCUUCCUGAAGAACAUGGAGCUGAACGUGCUGGACUCACUCAACACCAAGAUGGCUCGCCCAGAGGGCUCGUCUGUCCAUGACGGUGUGCCCGUGCCCUUCCAACUGCCCCCUGGUAUCUCCAAUGAGGCCCAGUUUGUGUUCACCAUUCAGAGCAUCAUCAUGGCCCAGAAGCUCAAGGGCACACUGUCCUUCAUUGCCAAGGAUGACAGUGGAGCCACCCAUGAGAAGCUGGACUUCCGGCUGCACUUCAGCUGCAGCUCCUAUCUGAUCACCACACCCUGCUACAGUGAUGCAUUUGCCAAGUUGUUGGAGUCUGGAGACCUGAGCAUGAACUCUAUCAGAGUUGAUGGCAUUAGCAUGUCUUUUCAAAACCUUCUGGCAAAGAUCUGUUUUCACCACCAUUUUUCUGUUGUGGAGCGGGUAGACUCCUGUGCCUCCAUGUACAGCCGCUCCAUCCAGGGCCACCAUGUUUGCCUGCUGGUGAAGAAGGGUGAGAGCUCUGUGUCUGUGGAUGGGAAAUGCAGUGACGCCACACUGCUGAGCAGCCUGUUGGAGGAAAUGAAGGCUACCCUGGCCCAGUGCUGAAGGCCGGAGCUCAGGACAGAGCUAACGGGUCUCAUCUCGUCUCUCCUUUGUCGUGUGUACUGUCCCUACGCCCAGCAUUAGUUUAACCACCGGCCUCCACUGUGACUCUGAGGUCCUGUGUUGCAUCAAUUUAUUAUUUUUUAUUCUGACUCUGCAACCCUAUGGCAAGAAAGACCAUUCCAACCCUGGCCAGCAGGGGGGGCUCCCAGCGCCACACCUCAUUCUUGAAUGUGGGCACCAGGGUGAAGGUGUCCAGCAGACAGGGUAGACGGAUACAGUCCUGGCCUCCUGUCCCCAUGCUGCCUCUGGGGAGCCCUUCCAGCUGCUUGUGUCCCCAGCAUCCUGACUGGUGGCACCUACAGAAAGGUGACCAGGGCUGCUAUUACCCAGCUGCUUCUCCCUAGAGGUGUGUAUGGAUGGGUGGCCACAGCUCAGCUGCUGCCUUCCCUUGCUGGACAGAGUUGUGGUCCGCUCUGGGUUUCUGUGAGGGGUGUGGAGGGGUGCAAUCCAUGCCCCUUAGAUUGUGACUCCGUAUCAUGGGCUUGUCCCACACUGCCACAGCUGUGGGGGCCUAGAAGUACACAGGGCUGAGUGGUGCGGGGGUGUGUGUCCUGGGCACACUCGAGGCCUGCCCCACUGUUGUGGGGCAGGGCAAGGGAACCCCAGCCCACAUGCUCUCCAUUGCUGGGCAUGAGCUGGCCUUACCCAGAGGGGAUGAGGGCCAUAGUGUAGCCGUUUCUUCGAUGGCAGCUGUCACUUUAGCAUGUAGCGCCCUCUGUUACAGACCCGCUGUGACCCUCUGGCUCCAUGAUGUUCCAUGAUUGAUUUGCUGUCGACAUUCCCUUGUGGAUAUGUAUCACGCUGCUGUGACCAUCAUGUCACAGUGACCAAUAAAAAGUCGCAAAGCACGC